AUGAAUUACAACGAGCUGAGUGAAAUUCCUUAUUUUGGAGAAACAACUUCUAAUAUAACUCUUCUCUCAUUGGUACACAAUACCAUUCCAGAAAUAAAUGCCGAGCAACUCCAAGUUUACCUUUCACUGGAAAAUCUAGAUCUUAGUUCUAAUCUGAUCUCAGAAAUUAAAGCUUCUUCAUUUCCACGGAUGCAACUGAAGUACCUGAAUCUGAGCAACAACAGAAUAACUACUCUAGAAUCAGGCUGUCUUGAUAACUUAUCUAGCUCACUAAUGGUGGUAAAGCUGAACAGGAAUAGGAUUAGUGUGAUUCCACCAAAGAUCUUCAAACUGCCUCACGUGCAGUUUCUGGAACUGAAAAGGAACCGGAUUAAAAUAGUGGAAAGUCUUACAUUCCAAGGACUGGAAUCCUUAAAAUCCUUGAAAAUGCAGCGCAAUGGGAUUAGCAGACUAAUGGAUGGAGCAUUCUUUGGCCUGGGUAAUAUAGAAGAAUUAGAACUGGAACAUAAUAACUUGACAGAAGUAAACAAGGGCUGGCUGUAUGGUCUGCGGACAUUGCAACAACUCUAUGUUAGCCAGAAUGCCAUUAACAGGAUCAGUCCAGAUGCAUGGGAGUUCUGCCAAAGGCUUGCUGAGCUAGACUUGUCGUACAACCAACUAACUCGCCUCAGGGAGUCUGCCUUCGUGGGACUUGGUGUAUUGGAGAAACUAAACCUGGGUGACAAUCACAUCAGUCACAUUGCUGAUGGUGUCUUUCGAGGUCUGGUGAAUCUUCGAACCUUGGACUUGCGGAACAAUGAGAUCUCCUGGGCCAUAGAAGAUGCAAAUGAAGCAUUUGUGGGACUCAGCAGGCUGGAUAAACUAAUCUUGCAAGGAAACCAGAUUAAGUCAAUUACCAAAAAAGCAUUCUCUGGUCUUGAAGGACUUGAACAUCUAGAUUUAAGCAACAAUGCAGUAAUGUCCAUCCAAGAAAAUGCAUUUGCCCAGGCUCACCUGAAAGAGCUAAUUUUGAACACUAGCAGCUUGCUUUGUGAUUGCCAGUUGAAAUGGCUGGCACCAGGGCUCCAUCCACAGUGGCUCACUGACAGCCAUUUACAGCAGGCCGUAAAUGUUAGCUGUGCUCAUCCAGAGUGGUUAGCAGGACAAAGCCUUCUCAGUGUGGACCCUGAUGACUUUGUCUGUGAUAACUUCCCUAAGCCGCAGAUAAGAGUGCAUCCUGAGACCAGAGUUGCUCUGCGAGGCAUGAAUGUGACUCUGACUUGCACUGCUGUGAGCAGCAGUGAUUCACCCAUGUCCACUGCUUGGCGUAAAGAUAGUGAGGUGUUGUAUGAUGCAGAGGUUGAGAAUUUUGCCAGGUACCAGCAGCAGGGUGGUGAGGUGGUCGAAUAUACCACUGUCCUGCACCUUUUCAAUGUGAAUUUCACUGAUGAAGGGAAGUAUCAGUGCAUCGUCACCAAUCACUUCGGCUCCAAUUAUUCCAACAAAGCCAAGCUGACUGUCAAUGAGCUACCUUCUUUCCUGAAAACCCCCAUGGAUCUUACUAUCCGCACUGGGGCCAUGGCCCGGCUGGAGUGUGCUGCAGAGGGUCACCCUACUCCACAGAUCUCCUGGCAGAAAGAUGGUGGCACAGACUUCCCUGCUGCAAGAGAGAGAAGGAUGCACGUCAUGCCUGAGGAUGAUGUGUUCUUUAUUGCAAAUGUGAAAAUAGAAGACAUGGGAAUCUAUAGCUGUAUGGCACAAAACAUUGCAGGUGGUUUGUCAGCAAAUGCCACGCUGACUGUGUUAGAAACUCCUUCCUUUGUGAGGCCUCUGGAAGACAGAACUGUAACCCGAGGUGAAACUGCUGUCUUGCAGUGCAUAGCUGGUGGCAGCCCUGCCCCACGCCUCAACUGGACGAAGGACGAUGGCCCUUUGACGGUCACAGAAAGGCAUUUUUUUGCUGCGGCAAAUCAACUCCUUAUCAUCGUGGAUGCUGGGUUAGAGGAUGCUGGGAAGUACACAUGCAUUAUGUCCAACACACUGGGCACUGAGCGUGGCCAUAUUUACCUAAAUGUCCUGGCUUCUCCAAACUGUGAUUCUUCCCAGAGUGGCAUUGUCCAUGAGGAGGAUGGCUGGACAACAGUGGGCAUUGUGAUUAUCGUCGUGGUGUGCUGUGUCGUGGGAACCUCCCUGGUAUGGGUUAUCGUGAUCUACCAAAUGAGAAGGAAGAGUGAAGAUUACAGCAUCACUAACACAGAGGAGAUGAACCUACCGGCAGAUAUUCCCAGCUAUCUGUCCUCCCAAGGAACUCUGUCAGAGCCUCAGGAAGGCUACAGUAACUCAGAGGCAGGAAGCCAUCAGCAACUUAUGCCUCCAGCUGGUAGCUACGUGCAUAAAGGCACAGAUGGUGGUGCAGCACCGUUGGUGAUCUGCUCAGACUGUUACGACAACGCAAACAUCUACUCCAGGACACGAGAGUACUGUCCCUAUGCCUACAUUGCAGAAGACCCCCUGGAUCAAACUCUCCCUAACCUCAUGGUGCAGAUGUCUAAGGAAACGUAUACAGCACGCACCCAGCAUGAAACCAGUACUUUGGAUAAUCUCUUAGCAGACAGAGACAUGUCUGUCUUCCUUACCAACCAUGACAAAAUGAGUGAAAAGAAAAUCUCCUCCCAGCAGAUCAAUGAACCCUUCCAGCUUCCUCUAUGGGGAGUGAACAAGGACGUGGCGCUCCCUCACUCCCACUUCCUGCAUCAGCAGUCGGGCCGGGAGACCCCUCGGCCUCCCAGCAGCGAGGGUGCUGCUGUCAGCACCCAGGACCAGGCGGCUCCACCCGGAGCCUGUCCCCGCGGACGGGACCGGAGCUUUGAUUUUAACAGGACACACAACAUUCAUGACUAUAGUGAAACCACGUAA